CGCUGGUGGCACAGGAUGGCCUGCUCCCUGCGAGGAGAGGCCUUGGUGCCGCUGUUGCUGGUCUUCUGGACUUUGGCAGCCUUCAUAAUUUCAUACGUCAUUGCAGUCCUUGAUGGCCAUGUAGAGCCUUUCUUCCCAUAUAUAAGUGAUACAGGAGCAAAUCCUCCAGAAAGUAUUAUCUUUGGAAUUAUGAUUGCCAUUUCUGCAGUCCUAGGUGCAAUUACAAUGAUCAUGAAAUAUUUGAUGUUAAAGAAGCAAAAUGAAAUGACACAUUUUAAUUCCUCUUGUUUCAAUUUACUGGCACUAUGUUUUGGAAUCCUGGGUUGUAUUGGAAUGAGUAUCAUUGCUAGCGUUCAGGUAGGUCUAAACCAGU